GGGUUACCUUUUGUUCCUGUGCUUUCAGAAGUCUUUCAAGGCCCUGGGAGGUCUGAAAGCAACUUUUGGGCUGUAAAUCGAAGCACGAGGACAGACACAAGAUGGCGUCUCCGGCAGACAGUUGCAUCCAGUUCACCCGACACGCAAGUGACGUCCUUCUCAACCUCAAUCGCCUGCGGAGCAGGGACAUCCUGACGGAUGUGGUGAUUGUCGUCAACCGGGAGCAGUUCCGAGCCCACAAAACAGUCCUGAUGGCCUGCAGUGGCCUUUUCUACAGCAUCUUCACGGACCAGCUGAAGUGCAACUUGAACAUCAUCAACUUGGAUCCGGAGGUCAACCCCGAAGGCUUUGGCAUCCUCUUGGAGUUCAUGUACACCUCCCGCCUCAACUUGAGGGAGAGCAAUAUCAUGGCCGUCAUGACCACUGCCCUCUACCUGCAGAUGGAACAUGUCGUGGACACCUGCCGCAGGCUCCUCAGCGCCAGUGAGGCGGAGAUGAUGUCUUCUGUGAAAACUCCCCGGGAAGAGUUCUUGGCCAGCCGGAUGCUGAGUCACCCCGAGAUGAUGGCAUACAGGACCCGGGACAUGUCGGAAAGCAGCAUGCCUCUUCGGAACGGGCCGAUUUGCGACGGGCGAGCCUUCGCCACCAGCUUGUACAGCGGCCUGUCCGGCUCCCCCCUCUCCUACACUGGAUACAGCCCCAUGCCUGUCAACAGCUAUCUUUUCUCAGACGAAGAACUGCGAGAGUCGAGAAUGCCCUUGUCGGACAUUUCGAGAGCGAAUCUUUUCCCGCGGGAGCGGGCGCUGCCGUGCAACACCUCCCGGGCGGGUCCCCCCGAGUACGCCAGACCCGUCGCCGACGUCUGUCCCAGCGCGUGCCACGCCUCCGUCUACUCCCCGAAAGAGGCCGCGGCCGAAGAAGUCAAGAGCGACACACACUACAGCCCGGGCCCCAAGCCGGCGGCCCCCCUCGCUCACGGCGCCCCCUACUUCGUCUGCGACAAGGUGAGCAAGGAGGAAGAGAAGUCCUCCGGGGAGGAAGAGAUGAGCCAGCACUUUGAGCCGACGAACGGCCCCGCGAACCGCAAGGGGCUCACCAGCCCGCAGAGCCCCCAGAAAUCAGACUGCCAACCCAACUCGCCGACCGAGUCCAGCAGCAGCAAGAACGCGCGCAUCGGCCAGAGCUCCGGCUCCCCGUCGGCCAAGAGCCCCUCCGACCCCAAGGCCUGCAACUGGAAGAAGUACAAGUUCAUCGUCCUCAACUCGCUGAACCAGAGCGCCAAGGAGGACGGGUCCGACCAGAACGAGGCGGGGAACCUGUCUCCACGCUCGUACAUGCCCACCCUGACCUGCCAGCAGCCCAUGGAGCCGGAGAACUUAGACGUGCAAUCGCCCACCAAAAUGAUCGUCAACGGGGAAGACUCGACGAUUCCCCAGGCGAGCAGGCUCAACGGUAUCGUGAACAGGUCGCUCAACGGAUCCCCGCGGAGCAUGGAGGGCCAGUCCCCCUUAUAUCUCCACUCCUCCAAGUGCAGUUCCUGCGGCUCGCAGUCCCCCCAGCAUUCAGAGAUGUGCCUUCACACCCCCGGCUCGAACUUUGGAGAAGAGAUGGGGGAAACGCGGUCGGAAUACUCCGAUUCCAGUUGUGAAAACGGGACCUUUUUCUGCAACGAGUGUGACUGCAGGUUUUCGGAAGAGGACUCUCUCAAGAGACACUCCCUCCAAAUGCACAGUGACAAGCCCUACAAGUGCGACCGCUGCCAGGCCUCCUUCCGCUACAAGGGGAACCUAGCCAGCCACAAAACCGUCCAUACAGGCGAGAAACCCUACCGGUGCGGAAUUUGCGGGGCCCAGUUCAACCGGCCGGCCAACCUGAAGACUCACACACGGAUCCACUCCGGAGAGAAGCCGUACAAGUGCGAGACCUGUGGCGCGAGAUUUGUCCAGGUAGCGCACCUCCGCGCUCACGUGCUGAUCCACACUGGCGAGAAGCCCUACCCGUGUGAAAUUUGUGGGACGCGCUUCAGGCACCUCCAGACGCUCAAGAGUCAUCUUCGGAUCCAUACCGGAGAGAAGCCGUACCAUUGUGAAAAGUGCAACCUGCAUUUCCGCCACAAGAGUCAGCUCCGUCUCCAUCUUCGUCAGAAGCACGGGGCCAUCACGAACACGAAAGUGCAGUACCGUGUCUCAACAUCAGAGGUCCCCCCAGAGCUCCCGAAGGCUUGCUGAAGACGGGCAGGGUUGCGGAGGGAGGCGGUGCAGAAUUAGAUGCGGUCAGGAUAGGGGUGGGACAGACAGGGGGUUGUGUCCAAAGGAUACUUAUAACACUUUAAAUAGAAAAGAAAAAAAAAACCUUUUUGUCACACAAUGGAGUGCCUCUAGAAGCCCAGAAUGCAGAUAGGUGGAAAAGAAACAUAAAAUAAACGGGUUUUGUUUUAAUUAUUUUGUUUCCCAGUUAUGUGAAUCUUUAAAAACACAUAGUCUGAUCGAUUGUGUGCGGGAGAGAGGUUGGAAAAGGCCUUUCUUUAAAAAGUCUGUGCGGUGGAGUGUCAAAUGUUUUUAACCCUUCGCUGCCAGAAGAUGAGGAAUGUAUAUCAUUUUACGGGAACAAAUUUUUAUUUCUUUUUAUGCAAAGUUGUGUGUGUUUUUAACGAAAGAGAAAGAGGGGGGGGGGAAGAGAUUGUAUAUGCUAUUGAAAGAGCAGAGGGCUUUAACUUUUUAACCAAAGGUGAAGGAAUCUA